AUGGCCUUCAAAGGCACUGACAAGAGGACGCAGCAGUUUUUGGAAGCUGAAGUGGAAGACAAAGGAGCCCACUUAAAUGCCUAUACGUCAAGAGAGAUGACAGUCUACUACGCAAAGUGUUUCUCCAAAGAUUUGCCUUGGGCUGUGGAACUCUUGUCUGAUAUCAUUAAAAAUAGCAAGCUAGAUCAGCGGCAGGAAGUUGAAAGCAACUACCAGGAGGUCGUGUUCGACUACCUGCACGCGACGGCUUAUCAAGGCACGCCACUGGGUCGCACAAUUUUGGGGCCUGCUGAAAACGUCCGGUCCCUGACACCAAAUGACCUUCGUUCGUUCAUUAAGUCGAAUUACAAGGCACCGCGAAUGGUAUUAACGGCCGCUGGAGGCGUUAACCAUUCACAACUCCGUGAUUUGGGCGAGGAAUAUUUCGGUGAUGUGUCUGCUACAAACGAACCUGGGGGAGGCACUCCUGAUCUUUCGGCAUGUCGGUUUACAGGGUCAGAGAUCCGAGACCGCGAUGAUGCAAUGCCGCUUGCGCAUAUUGCGGGAGUUUACUUCACUUCGGAAAAGAUGGCCCUGAACGACGCUGUGUCGUCUUUUACGAAGGAGUGGGUCAGGAUGUGCUCUCAAAUAAAAGAGCAUGAAGUUGCGCGGGCCAAAAACCAACUGAAGACACAUUUGUUACUUCAGCUUGACGGAACAACCCCAAUAUGUGAAGAGAUUGGUAGGCAGAUGCUCGUCUACGGAAGGCGAGUGCCAAUUGACGAGAUGCUGGCACGUAUUGACGCCAUAAACGCGGAAAAACUCAGGGAAGUAUGCUCCAAGUACUUUUUCGACCGAUGCCCCGCAGUCGCAUCUAUCGGCCCCGUUGAAACACUUCCGGACUACAACAGAAUCAGGGAUCAGACAUGGUGGAUCCGACUAUAG